AUGACGAGCUCUCCGACGAGCGCGGAGGCGGCGGCCUCGGAGUCGAAGCUGCAGCGGCUGGGGAUCGAGUGCAUCUCGCCCGGGCUGUCGAGCGAGAACAUGGACAACAAGAUGCUGAGCACGAUCCGGCGGUCGAAGACGAUCGCGCGCGAGCAGCGGCAGCACAUCGAGAAGCUGGGCGAGGCGCAGCACACGCUGGCGCGGCCGCGCGGCAAGAGCCUGCGGCGCACCCGCGUGCCAUCGCCGCUGAACAUCGGCGCGGGCGGCGGCGGGCCGGCGGGCGUGGCGUCGGCGCCGGCGAACAUCACGCACUUCCGGCAGGCGGCGCGGCCGCGCGUGCAGUACGUGGGGCGGCGGCGGCGGCCGGGCGCGUCGCCGCUGGUGCCGUGCUACGACCCGUACGUGGCGUACGCGCAGCCGCCAUACAUGGUGGUGCCGGUGCCGCCGGUGUACCCCCGGAUGGCGCUGCGCCCAGCGCGCGACGAGCGCGCGGACGACGACGACGACGACGACGCGGACGACGACGCGGCGCACGCGCCGGGCGAGCGCGUGCGCGGCGAGAUCACCCUGCUGGACGACACGUUUGCGUUCGAGUUCGCGCCGACGCGGGACCAGAUAGACAAGAAGAUGUUCAUGAGCAUUUGUGAUAAAGUAUGGGACGAGGCCAAGAAGAUCAAGAGCUAG